UGCAUACUUUCAUAACAAUGAAAAGUUUGAUAUGAAAAGGUUAUCAGCCUUAUUCAAUCAACUCGCGAUUAAACCCAAUGAAUGAGCUGAAACUGCUUGUGGAUUAACCAUUUUAUUAAUGGCUGGACUCGUCAGAAGAUUCACGUUGGUCAAAUUUUUGAAUCUAAUCCAAUGGACUGACAUUCUAUACCAAUGGAACCAAUCGAUAUUUUCUGAAAUUAGAUACAGGAGGAGAUGAAAGAGGUUAACUUGAAUCAGCUUUUGUCAGAUUUUGUUGUCAAAUGAACGAAAGAAGAUGAAGAAGAGCAAAAAAAAAGAAGAGCUGAAAGUAAAACUGAACGUUAACAGCAAAAGGCCCUAUGACAAAGAUGAGUCUUUGGUUGGUUGAUUAAGUAUUCAUUAUCUGGUACAAGAAAAUGUUGAAUCGUACUGAAGAGAAGAUAUCUUGUCAUGCUCUAUCAUGAUAACAAUGAGUGCUCUGGAAAUAUAAAUCUACUACGAUGAAGAUAGAGAUAGAAAGUAAAGAGUGAGAAUUUCUUGUAAGAAAGUUAAUGUUAAACUUAAGUGAAAAAUCUGCCUGGAUCAAAAUGAGUCUGCUUCGAAUCACUCGCCCUUUCAAUCUUUUUCAAUAUCAAAUGUUCCAUGUCUUCCUUUCCUUUCCACUUUCACCAUCAACAUCAUUUUCAAAACCAUCUGAACCAUCAUCGGACUCGUCAUUAUCAUCAUCGUCAUCCCUUAUUCAAUCUCUUAAGUAUCUUGACUUUUAUUCAUCUUGUGAAUCGUCAACAACAUUAACACUAACAGCCAUCAGCUCCAAGUAGACCUUUGAUAAACACAAUCCUGCCAAUGUGCUGAACGGAUCUUCAAUUGAAUUCAAGUCUUAAAAUGUAUUUUCAAAGUGACACCAAUAUUCCAAAACAGUAAUCAAGUGUGAGUUAAUUGAAAGCAACAAUGCGAAGUGAUCAACCUCUUCUUCCAUCCAAUCCACCAACUGGGAUUUUCCUUACUUCAUCUGAAUUGGAUCAGCAACAAUCAACUCGUCCACUGGUACCAGUGAGUAGACAAGAUUCAAAUCCGUGGCCAUCAUCAAACAAUUCAUCGACAAGUAAACGUGGUGGUGGCAGUGGGUCUGGCAGUGCCACUGGUAACCGUCAAAACAAUCCUCCCAACCUCCCACCACCUCAUCAACUGUAUCGCUCUCGUCACCGUGAAACUGACACUGAAACUCUUUUAACUUACACUAAAGGUUUCCUUGUUUGUGCGUAUUUUGUUUUCAUCAUUGGAAGUGGCAUCACAAUUAAAGAACUGUUUACCUUUCUAUUCGAUGAUUACCGCUACAAUACAGAAUGGAUAACCGGAAUCAUCAUCUUAAUACUCAUUGGAAUCUCUGUUUUGGGUAUUUAUGGAGCUUUCAAGGAAGAUUCCUGUAUCCUUUUAGUCUACGGAUGCAUCAUAUUAACGGUAUUUCUUUUACACAUUGCCUUACUCCUGGUUCUUAAAAAUGCUUGUGCUGAUAAACGUGACGUUUGUAGUAAAAAUGUGGCCACUCCACCUGGUUUAGCACCCAUCUUAGUAGCCAUAUCUGAGCUUGCCAUUGCUUUGUCAGCUUUUUUCAUGACACUGGUCAUUGAAUCGGAAAAAAAGAAGCAUUCAGUUCCAAGAUUAUAUCCAGUUGGGGAAAACUCGUGCCAAACUGUGUGAAAACCAAUCCAAAGAAACAUCCAAGUAAACACUGAUUCACUUUGUAAAUUGUAACCACUUUUUUCUAAUACAAUUUAAUUGUAGUUGAAUUGCAACAAAUUGCAAUAAACAAGAGAAAGAGUGAAUUUCAUUUCAGUAUAUAAUUUAAAUCCUUCAUAGAUGUCAAAAUUUCAGGGAAUCUCUUCAACUGACUAUCGUCUGAUUGAAACAUUCAAGAGUGUCACUUAAAGCCUGUUGGAUUCAUUAGCAAACAUUUGUUCAGCCAAUUGAACGUCCAUUGACCGCAAUUGAACUUUUGACCUACCCUCGAUAACCCAAGUAAAGGAGUAAAGCCACGGAAGAGAAAGGACGAUAAGAAAGCUGUAAAAAGCAUAAUAAUAAGAAGAUGGCAGAAGGGAAGAAAUAAUUAUCUUCAGCAUUUCAACUUGAACCACUUACCCAAAACCAAAUAUCGAUCGAUUUACAGCUAGAUGGAUUCGUAGCAAUCAGGACAAGAAAGAAAUGUCAAGAUUCACUUCUCUUCACUGAUCAAUUUAUAUUGUUAUGCGUUUUUUUCCCUGAGAUAUUUUUUGUUUGUUUGUUAACAUUCAAUUCAUUUAAUCUUCCCCACUGGUGAAAGUGUAAAUGUAUAUUUUUGUUCACACACGAUAGUUACAUUUGAUCACUCUUCUUGAUCAUCAUGAAUCAUCAUCAAAACCAUCAACAUUAUCAUCAUCAUUCCAGUAUGAAACAGUAAUAAGGAAAAAUUGUAAUUAUGACAAAAGGAAGAUGUUAUAAUCAAAAAUAAACACAAUUGUAUCCGCCUUACAGUGAAAUGACUAGAUAAAUUGAGUACCAUAAUAAAUGAUCCAUGAUCUAUCCAAAUGAUAAUCAGAUGAAACUCAGAAUGCCAUGCAAAUAUUAUUGAUCACUAAAAGACUGACGAUAAUAAUGAGCAUCUUCCGUCCUUUAUUUGAAAAUUUUUAACCCAACAAUUAUCUACUGUAAUCAAAGUAAAAGAUACAAUCUGGACAAGAGUAAUUUGAUUCCAACCAACGUAACAAACAUCAAAACAAUAGCCAAGAUCAUUAAUGUAAAGAUCAUGGAUGGAACCUGAAUUUAUCAAAUGUUUUCCUCGUCAAUUAAGCAAAUUAAAUAAUGAAUAGAGAUAUUCAGAUAUAACACAAAAACCCAAUUAAACAAUUUGCUGGUAACUUAAACCAUAACCCAAACCAAGACAACCAGAAACCCUUUUUUAUACAAUUUGAUGUAAUAAUAUUGAUAAAAUAUUAUUGAAUUACAAUAAAAGAUAUUAAAAACCCAAA